AAGAAGGAUACGUCCAUUUGCUGCGUCAUGUUGGAAAAUUUUACUAUGGACUGUAAAUCUUGAUAUUUUCUUCACUGUUUGAUGUAACACGUGAUGAUUAGAUUACCUGAACAUAAUGACAUAAGACCAACACCAAAUCGAUUUUCUGCAUACGAUGUUGAAAGCUUAUUAGCUCCUUCCAAUACAUCGCAAACGACAACAGCGACCAGCUCGAAACUAACUGCCAAGGUUCAACCCUUUGAAGUAAGGGAGAAUGAUCUUAUGGAAUCAAGUAAUCCUCGUCCGGAAAACGUGUUUCCAAAAGGACCUCGAAACCCUCCAUUUUAUCCUAGUCUAGGAUAUUCACCGUUUGCGUCGCCUUUAUCUUUGGCAAAUCUUCAAUUGCAGUAUUCGCUGUGGUCAGCUCAGGCUCAUGCCGGCCUUAUAAACUGGCCUUUAUUUCAUCAUGCGAAUCCUGUCUUUGCCCAAAGCGCAUCAGGGACACAGUCUGAGUCGAAUUCAAGUGAUAGUAAUCCCACCUAUACAGCAUUAACACCAAGAAGCCAAAACGGCGCAAAACAUCAGUCAAAUGAAGGUUAGAAUUUAAGAUUUUUAACUGCAUGUACAUUCCAAUCAUAGUCUUGCACUGUAUCACACGAGGAAUUUUUUCUGUCAUUUAUAUCAAAGCGCUUCGCAUGUGAUUAAAUUGGGCAACAUACAAAUUGUACCAAUAUACAUCGUAUGAAGUGUUUUGUCACAGUAAGAUAGUCAUUUGUGUUAUGAAAGAGCUUGAGAUGCUGUUCACAUGAAGCUAUGCUAGCCCUGAGUAUUAAAUGAGUUAGACUGGACCAUUUGACAAUAUCCUAGUCGUGGCGGGGUAUGUGAUUGCAGUUGAGAUGAAUGCUGACUUCUUAUGAGAGGGUUGUACCCAUUAACAAAAAAUGUAACUGUCAGCAUUUUUCCCUUGAUGUCAUCCUGCCAUUAGAUCAAGUAAAAUAAAGAAGUGUGAAUAAGGGUGCAUUGCAGCUUAACCCAUUAAGCACCGGUGCUGUUCCCUCGAUGAGUAAAAUUGUCUGGCAUUAGACAGAAUAACAUAAUAAAGUAAGACACAUUUGAGACUUUGGGCACAAUGCAGCUCAAUGGGUUAACUCGAAACAUGGGCAGGUAGUCCGGCUGAAAACCAGCACUCUACCUUUGACGAGAAAUUUAUCUGACGUUGGACGGAGUAAAAUAAUAAAGUAUCUAGGGUGCUACGGUAUACAACUUAAUGGGUUCAUGGGUUAGAAAGAGAGGAUUUAGUUGAGACUGAGUGUGGUUAAUCUAUUUAAAUAGAUCCUUUUAGGGAGUAUGUGUGUCACUCAUCAUGUUCUCAAAUGUAUAAUGUUGUAUGCAAAGAUUUCCAUGGUCCUUUUGGAUUUUAGCUAUUGUAAUCUAGUCAAUUGGACAAAGUUUGUGCUCUUAAUGUGACAUGUUGCCAUUUCAACUCAAUAUCUCCCAUCGAUUUUUCUAUCGGCCCAUUAACACUUUCCCUUCAACAAUUAAGUCAAAUUGUCUGAUGUUAAACCAACCGAUGUUAAACCAACAAGUAAAACCAUGGGAGCCUAGGCUUUGGACCCCAAAUGCACCUCGGUUCUGCACAUCAGUUCUGCUCAUAACAAAGGGGGAGCCCCAGAUAUAAACAUUGCCCAAAUUUUGCAUCUUUCGAACUUUUUUGAAUUGAAACGUGCAGUUUACAUUCAUUUACAAGCAUAGCGAACCAGAAAAGUGUAAGAUGUUCAGUUAGUAUAUCAUAUUUUACAAAUAUAUAUGGCAGUUCAAAAUGUAAACAAAGUUCGCGCAUUUGCACAGGAGUGGACAUCAUCUUUAGGGGUGCACUGGAUUUCAAAUCCGGCCGGAUUUAACGAAUUUUCCGGCAUCCGGCUUCUGGCCGGAUUUGGAGAAAAUCCGGCCGGAUUUAAAUUUCUAACCAUCAAUUUGGCAGCUUUAAAGUUUAAAAAAAAACACUUAUAUUAUUAUAAAAUAUUAAGUUAUUAACAAAAAGAUGUUUAAAAAAGGUUUAAACACAAUCAAAAAUCUAAAGUGACACUAACUAAAAAUAGUAAAAAACAUAAACCGUCAUUUUGAAUACUGAUUUAUCCCCAAUUGUCCCCAUUACCGGUUUAUCUCAAAUCCGGCAAAUCCGGCCAGAAUUCUGGCCAGAAUUUUUGUCCAAAUCCGGUAAAUCCGGUAACGGCCGGAUUUGAAAAUUCCAAAUCUGGUGCACCCCUAAUCAUCUUUAAUGUUAAUGGUUGACUGGAUGGGAGGAACAUGUGUCAUCCUGCUUCAAUAUUAUAUAUAAAUAUAGAAUGUAGUAUGAGAAAAAUAUAAACAUGCUUGGAUCAAGACCAGAUUUUGGUGGAAAUGCUGGGGGAGGUGGGAAAAAAUUUAGGGGAGGUGUAGUGGUCUAACUCACGACCCCCAUGGAAAGUUAGGGCUUACUGUAGAACAGGCCAAAGUCAACGACAACAACAUGACUUAUGCAUGUAGUGUACAUAAUUACAUGUAGUGUAUUAAUGAAUUAUGACUGUAUGACUCCAAUCUUGCCCUUCAUUACAAUUACUACAAAGUUUCUUUCAAAACAUUGCAAUUAAAAGGCUAUCACUGUUGAAUCAAUUUUACAGAAAAAAACUUUCUUACAAAGUGUAGAACCCUAAGCAACCAUCAAAUUUUCGCUUUGAUCUAGUUAUCAUUGAAACUUUCCCAAGGGGAGGUGCAUGACUUUUCAGGGGAGGUGCAAAAAUUAUCAGGGGAGGUGCAAAACGGUCUCAGGGGAGGUGCGCACCUCCCCUCAAAAUCCCGCCUAGGCUUGGAUCAUAUCCUGGCACAAACUCUGCUAGCAUCUUUUUCUGCCUCUCAUACAGUAUAAAUGUGUUGUGAUGUAUUCAACUGUGUGAAAUUUGCUAUUUCAACUUUGCUACCUUAGAAGUUCACUGCCUUAGAGUGUGUGCUGUUUAUUGCACUCUUGCCCCAACAACCUCAUUUUCACGUGGUUAUUUCCUCAUAUAUUUCAUGCACAAUACGGUUAGGGAUAGAGCUGCUCCCGAUUAAUCGCUUAUUGUUCCACAAUCAAUUAUGCUGUACAGUAUAAUCGGAUCAUAUAUGUAUAACACCAUGCAGCGUGAUGCGCGAAUGAGUUUAAUUAAUUUCUUUCCUGAUUAAAAACUUGUGACAAGAUUGUGAUUGAAACAUAAAUGACAAAUUGAUUCAAAACAUUUUGGGUCAAAUAUCAAUACUGCAGACAUAAACGAAUUAUCCAUAAUAAUAAUAAUAAUUAUAAUAAUAAUCUUUAUUUCAUUGAUAAAAUACAUAUCGUAUGUUGCAUAGUAAAAACUUUCUUACUUCUAUUUACAAAUUGUUUUUGUUAAAUAUUUCUAAAACCUAAAUUGCCAACUCGUGUUUAAAGAUUAAUCGAUUCUUUAAUAUAUAAAACAGUUUUAAUUUAUACCUAGUGGUGUUAACCUUUGGCUUAGGGAUAUGUUCAGUUCUGAAAUUGUGUCCGGUAUUUCUUAUCUUCGGCAAGAAUUCAUAAAAUGGAUGGUUCUCUAAUUUCCUAACCUUGUUAAAAAUUAUUUUAUCUUGACAUUUAAGAGUCUGAGUCUCACAAAUUUAGUAAAGUUUAAUUACAAUUUAGAAACCAGUCAAACCAACAUGGGCUGGUCAUAUUUAAAUUAAUUAUCAAUGCGAUUAAUCGAUAUUAAUCGAUUGUUGACAGUGAUUAAUUGAUUACAAGAAUUAACCGAGGGGAGCAGCUCUAGUUAGGGAUACUAGACUUGUCAUUGGGAUCAAGUUAAAAAAGAGAUAUAUUUGUGCAGAAAACAUAUGGACUUAACUUUCAUGUGCUGCCAUAAUAAAACAGCAGGCAAGCAUGAAAAUGAUUGGUGGAAAAGUUAGUAAAAUGGUAGAGUCUAUUAGCAGCAAACAUCUCACAUAUAGUUGUAUCUGUUGUUAACAACUUCACCACAUCCAUUUUUUUCAACAGACGUCACAUCAGUUAAUUCAAACAGUGCAACAGAAAGCCUUCUGGCAGCAAGUGAAUGUCAUAUGGCUGUUUUACGAGAUGAUGAUGGAGAUACGUAAGUUCAGAAAAUUUUGCACUUUGAUUAAAGGCUUACACUAAGUGCACAUGAUUUCUGGUCAGUGAAAUUUUUCAAGAGCCAGGACAAAACUCAGAUUUUUCAUGGCUAUAUAUACUGUAUGUUGGGGAGCCAUAGAGCAACUACCUCAAACUAAGUUGAAUUGAGAAUUCAGGCCAGGGUAGAGGUAUAGGGUUUUAGAUUUUGGGAGCAUUUCUAAAUUUCCAGGGUGUGUGCUUGGCACUGCUUGCCAGUUACCCUGAGAAUAGUCAAAUUCACUGUCCCAGUUGCUCGCCAUCAAUAGACUAUGCUCAUUGGCUGAUUUGGUUCAUGAUUUGCAAACAAAAAUAAGGUGUGCGUACGCUUAUACUGUAUUUCACACCAACAUUACAGUAAGUUAGAAACUCUUGGGGCAUUUAAAGCCAUUUUUAACACCAUAUAUGUCCGGUUCCCAUUACCUAUAUCCACAGAUAACUUUUAGCAAUUUCAACAAUUGAAACUAGAUUUUACAAACUUUCUUACAACAUAAAUAGGAGGAAAUUCUGUCUUUUGCAUCAGUAUAACACUCUAUUAUUUUAACCUAAUUUACAUCAAAUAAUGAAGCCACAUUCAUUUUAUUUUGGCCGUGCGAACAAAUUAGCUAACACAGCUAGGGCCCUGGUGCUAGCAUAGACUACUGUAAGCUCCAUUCGAAGAUUGCCUAGCUACUGUACCUCAAAAAAAUAAAUUCUGCAGGAAUGACUCCAACUACCUUUGGGAGCUCAGUGUUAUUUGCAUGAAUAGUAUUAAUUAAGUAGAAUUUAAUAGCAACUGGCCCAGUACUGCUCAAGAUAGUUGAUAGUAGUCUACAGUAUGUGCAGUACCAUAAAAGUUACAGCCACGGUUUGUGGCUAUAAAAUACUCCUGUUUCCGCCAUACCUUAUAGUCACAGUUUGUGGCUAUUAAAGUAUAUAUGCCUGUUUUCAGCAGCCCUCGCCACUCUCUGUGACUUACACAGGAGAUUUUUAUUCGACUUGAAUUUUUCUGCCAGGAAGAGAAAUAUAUUUUCUAGGCACUGGGGAAAAAAUGCGAAAUCCAUACUAUAACAUUUAAAAUUGCACCACUAAAUCCAUAGUAUAUCCAUACUAUGUCGAUACUAGAUCCAUAGUAUGGAAAUAUACAAUUGUUGUGGGUAAUCAAAAAUCCAUUCUAUUUCCAAUAAAGGUCCAUACAAUUUCCAUUCUAUGGAUUUUCAAUUUUUUUCCAGUGAGGCCUGGUAAUUAAGUUCUCCACGGUAGCUGUAGUUACAUAUAUGACGUCGCCACAAACGGGGUUCAUGCCACUAAUCUGGUGUAUGCACUGACUAUGACACCUCAUACUUUAAUAAAUGUUUAAUAAAUAAAAUGAAGGUUGGUAAUUUCUACUGUUUCAGGCCAUUACAUAUUGCCAUUGUGCACGAAAAUGCAAGACUAAUACAAAAGUUAGUUGGUUUGAUAUCACUUUCUAAGCUGACUGUCAACACACCCAAUAACCUAUCUCAGGUAAGAUUUAUAUUUUAUAGAAUUAUAUUCUUCAUAAAAUACAGUACUAUCGAUUCCCCAAUGUUAACCCGCUUAAUAAACAGAAACCAAAGACGUCGAUCGCUAUAUGCACUUGCCAUGACCGUAAGCAAGAUGUGGUAUCUGGAAUGUAGAUCUUGAAACGAACUGCAGUUCAGUAGAGGGAAUAAUAAAUUUCCGGCUCGUCUGAAAAUGGAACUUGGAAAACACUGUGCAGUAAAGCCUGGUUUCCAUAUGGUCGUAACUGUCGCGAACGUGUUGUAGCAAACUGUCGUCAGAGUAGUGCUCGCGACCAAAUGGAAACGUGAAGAAAAGCCUUGUCCCGACACGCUGGCGACAGUUCACGACAGUUACAACAGUGUCGUCGAGAUGGACUCGAGUUCUAUCUCGACGACAGUUGCGACAGGCUAAAAACGUGUCGUGACGGUUAUGGUUAACGGAAACAGAAAAACGACAAUGUGGCAACAGUUUGUCUUUUUAAAACUGCCGCCAACGAGUCGUUUCGCCAACUGUCAGUUCACCAACGUCUAAGUUCGCCAACGUCUCAGUUCGCCAACGUCUCAGUUCGCCAACGUCUCAGUUCGCCAACGUCUCAGUUCGCCAACGUCUCAGGUCGAUUCGCCAACGUUCGCCCACGUUCUUAUGUCAGUUCGCCAACGUUGCAUAUAGUUCAUAUGAGACACGGAUAUAUAAAUCUAUUGUUUGUAGAAAAUAACCGAAAUAGCAAAUUCUCCCGACAUUUAUUUUUAGACGGUCUAAAACAAGUUUAAUCAGCGGACGCUAAACAAGUAAUUUUUUUGUAGGGCCUUAAACUCACGAAAUGUGAAAGUUUUUAACUUUUUAUGCACUAACAAAAUUCCACAAUAGAGCAUAGAACAAUAACCAAGGACACCCACGGUAAUUAGUCACGGCCCGAGACGUUGGCAAACUGACAGUUGGCGAAACGACCGGUUACCGUACGAUCCCUGGGUACGAAAUGAACUUGCGACAGUGCACUAGUGUAACGACAGUUACAACCAUAAUAUGGAAACACGCAUAUAAAAAUCAUUCAAGACAAACACUUCACGACACGUUUGCGACAGUUACAACCAUAUGGAAACUAUGCUUAAGUUCACUACAAACAAACUGUUGCUCGUAAAUGCAUCAGCAUGCUCGAUGGGUAAAUUAUUUGUACGGCGUAGUAAGAUUUUUUGAUUUAGAAAUGGGCUGGGUUUUUUCUUGUUUGAUUUUCUAUAAAUUAGUGGAUAAUUUUCGGUAAUCGACGAUUAAAUUGUUCAAUUUAGAUUACAAAUUGUACCUACUUUUUCUGUGGUUUUGUAUGUUGGGACUUAAUAAGAGACUUAUGUUCUGUCAUGUCCUCACCAUCGAUCAUUAUAGCUAUAUGAUUGUUAAGCAAUAAUUAAAAAAAGAAACCCUCUUCUGUUCUGGCAUGAAAAAUGACCUAUAUGUUCCAGGUGUAGGGUCGGUCGUUCGAAGGCUGGAUAUAAAGUGGAUAGCACUAUCCACCAGUUAGUAAUUUGUUCAACUUUCAAAAAUUAGUACCUAUAGGUAAUAGUAUGGUUUCGAGUGCAAUUUGGAAAAAAACAUGCACGAGUGACUAUCAAAAUUGCACGAGUGACUAUCAAAAGUGUGCAAUUUGAAUACGAGUGCAAUUUGAAGUCUUUGAAAAACUCACGAGUGUAUGUUUUUUUUUCAAAUUGCACGAGAAACCAUACGUAUAUUACUUAUUAAUAAUGUACAUGAAAAAAUUAUGAGGUCACGUCACAUUUAGAACUUAAGAAAAUUAAGAAAGUUGAAAAAUAAAAAUUAAGAAAUUUGCACUGUAUUUCAUUUUUUGGCACUGUAUUUUAACCAUUGAAUGGUGUAACCAGCAUUUUAAACUUAUUGUGAAGUCGCCCAGUGUGCGAAUUAACGGUGUGCAAUGUGCAAUUUGCACAUCGUUUUGGCCAAAAUGGGGGUAAAUUGCACAUCACUUUUUCAAACGAUGUGCAAAAGAAAAAUUAUAAACGUUUCAUGUUUACAAAUUAAUGACAAUUAAUCCGCUUUUAUAAAGUGCUUUUUCAGCAACGCAUUAACGCAUUUGAAAUAUGAGACGUGUUUAACACAGCAAAGAUUGAGUAACACUAGCGUUGCUAGUGUUACUCAAUCUUUGCUGUGUUAAACACGUCUCAUAUUUCUCUAGCAGCGCCAGCGAGAGAAACACGUGCAGAGUUCUGCAUCAUUAACUAGCAUUCUUUAAGCCAAUUACGAUACAGUUUUCAUCAAAAUCUUUAUCUGAUUGGCUCGUUCCUGGAGAACCAUGGCAUGUAUAUGCAGCAUCUUGAGCAGGUAAAAAUGGCGAAUUUUACUCUCUUCACCAGCUGGUAAAGAGAAGUUUUCAAACAUUCUGAACAUUGUGGAACUGUUAUUGAUUACACCCAUCUCGAAUGCUGUGGUUGAACGGAUGCUCUCCACAAUGGCGAGAAUGAAACCACACCUCUGCAACAGAAUGUCAUCAGAUAGAUUGGACUGUCUUUUGAGAAUUAGUGAGGAGGGACCUUCAAAUGAAGGAUCGGAUUCGGUGGCCACGCUUAUCCGGAGAAACGGAGAAGAAAGUCGAGACGUCGGACGCAUCACGGCGACAUGCCUAUUUUUCGGAUCAAGAGUUGUCGGAAAGUAGUGCUGUGCGCCGGAGUUCUGCCGGAGCUCCGGCGGUUUUUCCGAUGCCGGAGCAGAAUUUUGUAUGCUGGAGCACGCAGUUACAUUUUUCCAACUCCGGCAAAAUGACAAGAAAACAAUUGAAAUGAGACAAAUGUCAAACGGAUUGUUAGUUACUGCAAACUGCCAAUUGCUGUUAAUGAAUUCACUCAAAGAAUCAUAGACUCAAACUGCCACAGUCCACAGGAACAGCAUCGAAAAGCUGUAAUACGAUCGCAACUUACUAACGUCAUGCUUUCGUGAAGCCAUCUGACUUAGCACUACAUAGUCUGUGUAUUCAUGCCUUGUCGAUAAUGAAAAAGUACAAAACAUUGCGAACAAUUGCGCUGUGGAGUCUGAGAGUGUUAGCGUCAUGCCUCGCGUCAUGCUACUGUAUAAAAAUUGCAACACUGUCAUAAAAUUUUCGAGGCUGGUUUCCAUAUAGAUAUUUUCUGCGUGGUUAAGUGUUUUCACUGUUUUGUUUCCUGAGUUAUGUUAUCUGAUAAUUAGGAAGUGCGAAAAGGGUUAUUCAUAAUAAUAUUAAUAAAUGUUCUCUGAUCGUAAAACAUUUAUUUAAUAUUUUAUGAUGUGGCCGGAGCUCAGAGUUAUAGUUCGGCCGGAGCCGGAGAUGGAACUGGAGUUUGCACAGCACUAUCAGAAAGUGACUAGCUUAUAUAUAAGGAAUUUAACAUUUUAACUUGUUUAUAUGUAUAUUAAAUGCACGUAUUAGAAAUAUUAGAUUACUGCACAUAGUAGUUGGCUUAAUGGAGUAUUUGAUUGAAUGUGACUCUGAGUAGCUAGAUGUAUAACAUCAAUCUGAACCAAUUUUAUGACUCUGGAGGUACAUUUUUCUCGAGAAAAAAUUGCACAUCGUUUUUUCUCCACUAAUUCGCACACUGUGAAGUCCAUAUCUGUAGUUCUACAUCUUUUUAGGUAUUUUUACGAAGCUUGAAAGCUUUGCUUUCGAUCUGUAAGCUUCUUCAUCAGUGCUAUAGUAAUAUAAAGUCUAAAGAUCUCGAAUGUGAACCAUAUAUAUUGUUAUAUUUGCAGACAGCAUUACAUCUUGCAGUUCUCACCGAGCAACCAAUGGUGGUUGAACAGCUCAUGGACGCUGGUGCAGAUCCCAACGCACAAGAUCGGAAUGGACAAACUGCAAUACAUUUAUGUGCAGCUAACGGAGAUAACAGAUGUUUAACUAAAAUAAUUCAUGCAAAACCAAAGAAUUUAGAUCUGGAAAUAAAGAAUUAUGAUGGAUUGACUGCAUUACAUUUAGCAGUGCAGAAAAAGCAUCAAAGUAUAGUGAAAUCUUUAAUACAAUAUGGUGCAAAUAAGAACGCCAAGGUAAUGUGAUCGUACCAAAAUAUAGUGUUACUGAAAUGGUAUACUAACAGUAACAGUUGUACUGUUAUUUCAACGACACGUCGCUUUUCGUAUAUUUUUUCUCUUUGCUCAUUUUGCCAUCUACAUACGUAAAAAUCUUGCAACUUGUCAAGAAGAUGUGUUCACAGAGGCUUUUAGCAAGCUUGUCAACAAAUUAUAGCAAUGCUGUUAUUUUAUCAAGUUGCUACAAGGUUGGCAUUCACAACUUGUUGACAAAUUGUUGAAUUGCAAGACGAUAUAGCAACUUGUUGGAACAACUUAUGACAAGUCUGUUGAGUUCAACAACCUUGUAGCAAGUUGUCAACAAGCCGUAGACAACUUGUCAACAAGCAGUGCGAACACAUCCUGUUGACAAGUUGUUGGAACAGCAUUCCUACAAGUUUGUUGCAGGUUUGUUACAACUGGUGUCUUAUGCGUUUUUGCGUGCGUGCUUUGUUAAAAUGGCAAUAGUGUUUAAACUAUUACUAGAAGACGCAAGCAGGUCAAGUUUUUUGUUAACCGAAAUGUGCACUUCAUUUAGAUCUUAUGUAGGACACGAUAAAUGAGAGAAUGUCAUUGUUGUGUUGUGUACAUGUUGUGUUGUGUUGUGUAAUAUUUGAUGAAUUUGAGUUUUAAUUGUCAAUUUUGAUACUGUAAAUAUAAUUAUAUUUGGUUGAAUUUUCCAAAUGAUGUUCGUUCCGGAUAGACAGACAGGCAGUCAUUGGCUCUUCUCCAGGUCGACCCCAAUUGUUCUUCUCGUGAUUGAUGGCCUCCCUCGUUUUCUUUUUCCGUUGAUCACGCAGUUUCCAGUCAAGUGCUGCUUUUGCUAUUUUUGGAAGUUGAAAUAAAGAGCAGCGCAAAAAUUGCUGAAUUUUAAUAUCUGUUAUUUUACUUUAGGAUGGUAAAAGCGGCCACACGCCACUUCACCACGCUAUUGACCAGGAAUGUGGAGAAAUUUUGCAGUUGCUGGUAGCUGAAGGAGCAAACAUUAAUAGACCAAAUUAUUCUGGUGUAACCCCAAUACAAAAUGCUAACUGUUGUCGUAAUGAAGCGAUCUCAAAGAUAAUUCUUUCUCAAGAGACAGUUCCACCCACUACAACACCGGUUCGACCAUCUGCCAUACAACCUACUUCAGCUGCAGUAGUUAACAGCCCCCAAACAACAAAUGUAUCAACAAUAUCAAGCCCGAGUGCCACAAACACAGCCAAGGUGUGAUAUUAUUAGUAUAUGCAGAGCCGCCGAGAGGGAGGGGGCGGGGGGGGGAUUGCCCCGGACCCCCACCUUAUAGGGCACCAACUUGAGAGAGAGAGCCUAAAAUUGAGUAGGUUCAUUAAAUUGGUCAGAGAAUUUUUGAAAGCGAGGACCCCUUGCAGUAGCUCAACAUCCCUCCACAUGCAGUCUAGCUAAGGUCUAGUUGGGUGACUGACUUGGGUCUAGCUUAAAAAUAAUGAUGUCAUGGGGCCCCCAGUGAAGAUUUGUCCCGGACCCCGCAAAUUCUCUCGGCGACCCUGGUUAUAUGGUAAAAUUACAAACCAUGGGAAUGAUGGGAUAGACAAUCACAUACGUCGAGUAUUUUAAUGAAAACGUACUUUCCUACUUUACUUGUAAACUAAAGUAUUACUUUUCACAUACACAUGUUGGCAUCUUUGUCUCCCCUACAAUGUUGGUUUUGACAUGCAUUUCACAAAGCUUUCACCUAACCAAUAUAAGCUUUCAACUAGUGCUGUGCGAACUCCGGGUUUUUCACCUCCGGCUCCAGGAAAAAAAACUCCGGCAGAAAAUUUCCAGCUCCGGCAAAUUGUGAAAAUUCGAAAUUUAAUGGAAAUUUCACAUUUCAAAGUGGAAGAACUAUCUUUAAGAGUUUUUGAUUUUAACACUUGGCAUAUGAACAUUUCGUAAUUCGUACUAUGUUUGUCAGUUUGUGGCAAGCCUAUGCAGUAUCGAUGCGAGUACUUACUUUUUCGUCGAUGGAUUCAGGUUUUUUCGCCGACAGUAGUUUGCAGCACAAAUAAGUGCUGCCGGAGUUUAACAAACUUCGCCUGCGGCAAAAUAGGCCACAAUUCCGGCGCACAGCACUACUUUCAACAUUGAACAUGGGGGAGGGGAAAGUUAAAAAUUGCUGUUAUUUGCAUGUAUUUCUAUUUCCAUGCACGCUGUCCACAAUAAUUUUUGCCAGGAUUGUAGCUCAAAUUCCUUUCAACCCCCAACCUCUCAAUCCCCUGUACUUUGAGAAGUUGAAAAUUUGAAUCCCUCAAUUUCCUGUCAGUUUUGGGUCCAUAUAUAGUCAACUAAAAAAUAACAAUUUUAGCAAGAGCAUGUCCUUCGGCCAGUAGGGGAGUAACUGUUUUACGACUUUUCGUACCACAGCAUAUACAAGGCUCACGGGAGAAUGGACGUUUGGUUUUGCUGCGCAUGAAGUUAUUUCAAGUACUUGCUAUUCAUAAUAGUGGUUAAUUCUUUUUCAUUUGUUUUUUUUUCAGGAGAGUGAAAACAAAGCUGAAACGCUGAAGCGCAGAUUUGAAUCAUCACCUUCAACAUCAAAGCGUGCAAGGACCGAAGUUACCAAAUAAAUUCAUUUUACAUAUAUCUUAUCGCAACCAUAAUAUAUUUCACUGCGCCAUGGCAGCUAGUAAAUGAAUUGAAUUCAUCAAACAAGUCAGACUUCUGUACGUUUCAUUAUAUAAUUUAUUAUAGUAAAAUGUAAACGGAAGCCAAAUGCCUUAGGCAAUGUUGGCCAGUGAACUUAUAUAUAGUCGUUCAUCUCUAAUCAUGCUGUGUUCAUAAAUAUAGGUCUGAUACAGGGUUAAGCUAGGUUAAGCAUGCUGUACUUUUUUGUCAACAUCACACGAAGCCAUGAAGCAUGCAUAGAUACGAUUGUCAUGCUUAUGAUUUCAAGCAAGAACUAUAUUAGUGUGUGUGAUGUCCAUUAAGAAGGCCCAUUUUCACUUAAGAAAAUUUUCCGCAGAAAGAAAAUUUUAUAAGAUGUGAUUCGCCGACACCAAUUUUCCGCCGGAAAAAAAUUUUGAAGUUGAAGUUGAAAAUUUUCAACUUUUAACAAUGAUUUUUUCUGAAACUUUUCUGUUCUUGCAUCGCAUUGGACGAUAGCGUGUCACGUGAAAGUCAUGAGAUUCGACUGUCUCCAACAAUACUUUCAACUUUUUUCAAUCCAAUUUUUAACAAUCCACCAAUGAAUGAUAACAUCGCUCAGUUAUGGAGAAAAGUCGUGGAACUUUCUCCUGUUUGGUUGUUUGACACUUGGUAAAAUAAACUUAUUGAAUGGGAUUAAGAAACAAUAUGUUUUGUGGACUCUCGAUUGACAAGUUGGUCUCGGCUCCAUAAGUAAAAUUUGUAGCUGUGUCAAAAGUCUUAUUGUAAAACUAUACGAAAAUAAAUCAUUUUAAUCAUUUA